AUGCUUGAAUCGAAAAAACGAAUGGAAGGGCGAUUAGUUUCACUCUCUCCUAUUUUGGAUUCGGAAGGUGUACUCAGGGUUGGCGGUAGAUUAAGAAAUUCCGAUCUCAAUUAUGGUCAAAAACAUCCGAUUUUAUUACCACAGAAUCAUAAUGUCACAGCACUUAUCAUACGCGAUCAACACUUGAAACUACUGCACCUUGGCUCUCAAGCGACGCUUAAUGCUACGCGAAACAAUUACUGGAUUAUAAAUGGAAAAACAACGGUAAAAAAGGUAAUCCGAAAAUGCUUCAUUUGUUGCCGUGCUAAUCCGUUAGUUCCCACUUACGUGAUGGGGGAUCUUCCGAAAAAUCGGACUAUUUUUAAAAGGGCUUUCCUUCAUACAGGGGUCGAUUACUGCGGUCCUUUUUAUAUAAAGGAAAAGAAAUUCCGAAAUCGAAUCAAACUUAAAAUCCACGUCGCUAUUUUUGUAUGUUUCGCGACUAAAGCGGUACACAUAGAAGUGGUCAGUGACUUGACCACUGAAGCUUUUCUAGCAUGGCUGAGUCGAUUCUUUUCUAGACGCGGAAAGAGCGCGGACCUUUACUCCGAUAACGGUACUAAUUUGGUGGGCGCAAAAAACAAAAUCGAUAGUAUUUGUAACUUUUUGAACUCUGAAGAACACAAUGAUACCAUGUCUCGAGUCCUCGCUAAUCAUCGCAUUAAUUGGCAUUGCAUCCCCCCACGUUCACCCCACUUUGGAGGACUAUGGGAGGCUGCGGUGAAAUCCUUUAAGCGCCACUGGAUUCGCGUUAUCGGAGAAAGGGUUCUAACCUACGAAGAGUUUAUAACGCUUGCAACUGAGGUAGAGGCUAUCCUGAAUUCACGUCCCUUGACCUCCAUACCCUCUGAUCCUAACGAUUUGACAGCUCUAACUCCAGGUCACUUUUUGAUAGGUGACUCUAUAAUAGGUGUACCCGAGCACGACCUGAAGGGCUUGCCGUCGGGACGACUCUCGUCCUGGCAACAAGUCCAACAGAUGAAGCAACACUUUUGGACUCGGUGGAACAAAGAAUAUCUUCACGAGUUGACUGUGCGGAAAAAGUGGCAUAAGGGUGCCACGACUGACAUCAAGAUAGGUAAUAUUGUAACGAUCCGAGAUGACAAUCAGCCUCCCAUGCAUUGGAUGCUUGGCCGUGUUAUCGCCGUAUAUCCGGAAGAAGAUGGAGUUGUCCGCGUAGUCACUCUCAAAACCGAAAACGGCGAAUGUAAGCGUAGCGUAAAAAACUUAUCACCUCUGCCGAUUGACAACAAUUAG